UCGCUCGGCUGACUUGUGAGAUAUCUGUGAAUCGCUCAACAUGAUCCCCCCGGCUGAUUCGCUGCUGAAACACGAUAACCCGGUGCUUAUAAGCAAGAAUACAGAGAGAAAAUCUCCCAAAUCUCGUCCUCUGAAAGCCAGCAGUCCUCAGACAGUGUUAACAGCUCCUGUACCACCGCCUCCUAAACCAAAGACACCACUCUUAGAUGCAACCAAACCAGCUGAAGAAAUUUUAAAUGCUAUUCUUCCACCUCGAGAAUGGGUGGAGAACAAUCAGCUUUGGAUCCAACAAGUGUCCAGCACACCCAGCACCCGAAUGGAUGUUGUCCACUUACAGGAAGAGCUAGAUAUGAAGUUGCAGCAGCGACAGGCCAGAGAGACUGGUAUCUGCCCUGUGCGGAGAGAGCUUUAUUCACAAUGUUUUGAUGAACUCAUCAGACAGGUGACUAUUAACUGUGCAGAGAGGGGCUUACUCCUGCUCAGAGUCCGUGACGAAAUACAUAUGACCAUCUCUGCCUACCAAACGCUGUAUGAAAGUAGUGUUGCUUUCGGCAUGAGGAAAGCUUUGCAAGCAGAACAGGGAAAAUCGGACAUGGAAAAGAGAAUUGCAGAGUUAGAGAUGGAAAAGAAAGAUCUAGAAAGACAAGUAAAUGAACAAAAAGCCAAGUGUGAGGCUAUAGAGAAACGUGAGGCAGAGAGACGCCAAGUGGAAGAGAAGAAACACGCGGAGGAGAUACAAUUCCUCAAGAGAACUAACCAGCAACUGAAGGCACAGCUAGAAGGAAUUAUUGCGCCCAAGAAGUAAGAAGACAGGAGUAACAUCUGUGGACAGGCUGUCUGUGAUUCAGAUUCUACUGCAGUGCAAAUGCCAAGAAACCAAUAUUUCUAACUUUAGGACAUUUUUAAUUAUAUCUGGUUGUUGUUUAUAUUAAAUCCUCAGUUGACACAAGAAAUGUUAAAAGGUUGCUCAUUAUGCCGAAAUGAAACACCUCAAUAUUUUUAAUAUCAAAAAUUCUUUUGAAGCUCCAUUUGUUGCAGCCCCUUCCAAGUCUCUGUAUUGCUUGUGUUGUGAUUAUUAACAGGGAAUCCUUCUUGCGCCACCUAUCAAAGCAUUGCUGAAAGGCCAUGUGUGCUAUAAUGCAAGUCGGGCCUGUCCAAUUGGCAGCUGUCGGUCUCAGUGUGAAAUUUUAUAGAAGGAAUACAUAACUACAGUCCUCAAGAUCUUAUAAAACUAUCUCUUUAUAUUGACCGUCUGGUUCCACACAGGUAUUCCAAAAACAUAUUGUGGUUGGCACAAUAGAAUUAAAAAAAAAA